AUGCUGCCUUACCUGUUCCCUGAGCUGUCCACCUUUGCUACAGUCGCCGAUCUCAUCACCCACCUUCGCACUAGUGACGCUCGCCUGCGUGCCGCCCUUCCCACCGAGUUCUGCGCUAAGAACCCCCCUCCACUGUACUGGACGCUCCAUUUCAUAGUCACCCGUCUCCCUGACACCCUCAGCUCAGUCCGAGACUACUUCCUUGCCCGCUGUCCCACUGAGCUCACAGUCGCCCUCCUAGAGGAGAAGCUGCUAGCAGCCGAGAAGAGCAUUGUAGCUGUAGGUGCUGCUCGUGGCGCUCCUCGCACCCCCAUCUUUGAGGGGUGUUCUCCCUCUCCCCUCGCUCCCUCCUACGCUACUGCUGCUGCUGUUGACCUCCUUGGCACUGAGUCUGCUGGCGCUGCUUCUGCUCCUGGUGGGAGGCGCCGCACCGGCAAGGGCAAGGGGGGCAAGGGUGGUGGUGGUGGCGCUGGGGGGGGAGGAGGUGGGGGAGGUGGGGGGGGAGGCGGUGCUGGAGGGAGCGGUGGCGGGAGUGCUGGUGGGGGUGGAGGCAGCGGUGGGGGUGGGGGCGGCGGCGGGAGUGGUGGCAGCGGUGGCGGCGGUGGCAGCGGUGGUGGCAGUGGUGGCGGUGGCGGCGGCAGCGGUGGCGGUCGGAGCGGCGGUAGUGGCGGCGGUGGUGGUCGGACGUGUGGCGAUCUGUACGUGCUCUAG